AGUAGUUUGUCUGGAAAAUGGUUUAACGGCAUUACUGAUAUCAGAUGUUUUGCAAGAGGGUGCUGAAUGUAUGGAAGAGGAUUAUAAUGAUUACUCCAGUGAGGAAGAAGGAGAUCAUAGCAGCUCAGAUGAUUCUGAAAGUGAUGCUAUGUCAUGUGAUGACAUAACAGAGGAUGAUGGUCGGAAGAAAGCUGCUCCAAAGGAGGAAAAAUUA